AUGAAUGAAGCAUGGAGAGAUGAAGUGUUACUUGCAUUAAACCAAGCAUGUAGUCAGGAUCCCGGGCUUAUUAAAGAAGCGGAGAAAAAACUUAAAGCAUGGGAGACUGAAGCUGGAUUCUACAGCCUUCUUAUGGUAAGGGUACAUGCUAUGUCACACGUGUACACUGUUUUGAAAAGCUUGUCUUUUAUUUUUAUAAUGUAUGUCCUAAAAAGUGCUACAUCGCUUGAAAAUCUUUGAGAAUCUUCGCUAUUUCAGCUCAAGGUAUUCGCAUCAAUGUUACAUGUAGGCAUUACUGGGCGGGAUUACAGCCGCUUAAGAAUGAGCAAGAUCCCAUCCCAUCUACAUCCAUCUACAUGUACAUCUAUACGCACGAAUUGUAAUGUUCACCCCCAAGGGGACGCGUCGCAAGUUUCCAAACAAAAAAUAAGAUAAAACAAAACUGACAUAAAUAAAAAUAUAAUACAAAGUUAAAUAUCAGCGGAUCAGCCAUAUUAAGUAAAAAAAGCAUUUGAAGCAGGCUUAAAAUUGUCAGUUGGGUCAAUUUCUAAAAUAUUAGGUGGUAAAGAGUUCCAAUCGUUAAUUUUACGUGGCCAGAAACUGAAUUUUGCAAGUAUCUCAUGAAGUCUGGACACGAGUGAAUUUAAGCAGAUGGAAAUAUUUCGAGUUGCAGAGCUGGACUUGUAUUGGACAUGGGAUGGAAUGGUGAUAGCAGCUCUGUUAUGUACGGCUUUGUGAAGCAGGCCCAGUCUUGUCAUUCGCCUGACCUGUGUUGCAGGGAUUGCCAAUGAAGACGUUUCAGGGCACGCUAACACAGCCUUUCUCAUGGCUCUAUGUCCUUCCGACAAAUCGUGGGGCACAUCUCUGUACACCUUUAAGCCAGUUUAUCUGGUAAUUCCUAUACAAGUCCCAGGCAGUGCUGCCAUACUCGAGGAUCAGUCUAACUAGGGUGAAAUAUGCUUACUCCUUAUCUCUCUCAGAGCAUGAAUGAAAGUUCCUAGGUUUAAUAAACCCUAGCGAGACCCGUAGUGAGGUAUUACGGUAGCUUUGUUCUUGACAUGCAGGGUAUGUUCCUUCCAGUUCAGAGACUCAGACAGGGUAACACCUAAGUAAGGCUGAUGAUCCACUGCUUCCAGGGUUUGAGUAUAUUGAAUGUGUAAUAGGACUUAGUGCUCUAUGAAUCCUGAGGAUAUAACACUUGGAAGGGUUGAAUUGCAUUUGCUUGAUUUGAGCCCAUGAUAUGAGUUUUUCCAAGUCAUGUUGGACUGUAAGAAGAUCCAAAACAUUGUGGAUGACACUGUAUGAGAGGCUGUUGCCUGCGAAUAAUUUCAGUUGUGAUGAUAUAUCAUCAUCCAUGUCAUUAACGUACAGUAGAAUACAAAGUGGGACCAGGACUGUCCCUUGAGGGACACCAGAUUUUACCACUGAUAUUUUACUUAGAACCCCUUCACUGGCCACCUGUGGAGUCCGGUUUACCUGCCAUGCUUCAAUCCAAGCCAGGGCCUGGCCCCAGAUACCACAAUGAUCGAGUUUUAGAGGCAAUCACUUGUCAGUGAAAUGAUAGUGAGACAGGGCCCAUGUUUUUUGUACUUUAAUAUCUCAGAGAGCUAGAAGUGUAAGAUCGAAUUAUUUGCAGGUGUGGAAUCAAGCAUAAAAACAAACAUGAUACGCAAGUUGUGUGGAUGUCAGUACAUUUCGCAAGUAACUCAUGGCUUGGGGCUGUGCCGCUUGGGGCUCACGUAUUGCACUUGCUUUUUUGCAUCAUUUCACAGAUUUUAUGGAGCAAAGAGAAACUGCUUGCAGGGUAAAUCCCCCUCAGCUGAUAAUAACUGUACAUUACAAUACAGCAUAUCCUAUUACAUGGUUGAGUUCUGUAGAGCUCUUGUGGGUAGAUCCUUCAAGAAAAAAUGGGCAAAAGUUAGUAAAUGCUUAAUCAACCCCUGGUAACAAUAUGAAUACAGCCUGUAUUAUAUUUGGCUUAUAACAAAAGUAGACAUUUGAAGGAGGUUUGACUACAGCAUCUCUGUUCUUUGCAGUUUGUUUUUAAAAAUGAAUCACUUGAUGUCAAGGUUCGCUGGAUGGCAAUUCUGUGCAUCAAAAAUGGUGUGGAUCGCUAUUGGAGAAAAACAGCUCCCCAGUAAGUAUUUUUUUUUAGGAGAUGAGUUGUUAAUUUGAGAUACUAUUUAUUGAGAUUGUGUACAUAAAUUUUGAUAAUUGCUGACAUGUUAACACCUUCAGGUGUGGAUCUAGGAUAAAUACAGGCCAGUUUCCUAAAUGAGUGCCAAAGGCGCAAGUUUCUAGGGGGGUCCAGUGGGGGGGCAUGUUUCCCCAGGAAUUUUUUUUGGAUUUGAACUCCCUAAAGUCACCUCUGCUGGGUUUCUGUGUCAUUCAGACAGGAUAUUGGCCAGUUCCAUUUUCCGCAGAUGAAGCCUUGCAAAUUGGCGGAUUAUUUCAUCAAGGUCAAUUUAUAUAUUGUAGUGGAUAUGAAGCAAGGCGAGUCUAAACCAUUUUCCAGACUUAAACUUGAAAGGUUUUUUUUAUUGUUAUUAAAAAUAUACUUGUUAUGAAAAAUCUGACCAAUUUUCAUGAAUUCGAGGAAACCGGUGUGAAUCCACUUCUCACCUUGCUUGAAAAUCCAAGAUCUUGGGUAGGAUUAGUUUAACUCUCCACUAUCAUGGAAAUAAACACACAAAAACAAAACCUUGUGAUCCAUCACAAAUUUAUUUGAGAUAUUGUGAUCAAUGAGCCCCUCAAUAUUAUGUAGGUGACUUUUACCACCCAUAAAUAUGUUUAGUAUUGUGAUUACACAAUACUUAUUAACUGAGAGUGAGGUCAUUACAGGGAAAUCUCAGACUUCAGUCUGAAAUUUUUCUUGAAUGACCGAAUAGACAAGGUUAAUACUGGUAAGUUAUUUAUCAUAAAGUAUGACAUUUAUUGAUUAUGGAUGUGAGCCUGCGAUCAAUUAAAACUAACAACUGGUCCGUGGAUAACUUAAAAAAACACAUCACCUCAAUGAGUUGUAUACUUGAUUCGCAAUACAGUCAGGUGACAUGGUCAGUGGAUACCAUGUUUGACAGCUGUCAAUUGACCAUAACAUGGAUGUCCACCAUCAAGUUAAACACAGAUUGUAUUUGCCUUGGACACCUAACUUGUAAUGCCUUGUCAUUACAAGAAAACAACCAAUCAGAGCAUGUGUACUAUUACAGCCAUAUAAUUAUAAACUGUCACGAGGUUUUAAAUCUCAGUCCACUGAUUUUGAUUUUUUAUCAAUCUACUGUAACAUUAUUUAUUUUCAGUGCUAUUUCAGAGGAAGAAAAGAGUUAUAUGAAACAAAAUCUAAUUUUGUCAUUCGAUGAACCUGUUAAUCAGGUAAAUAUUUUGGUACAGUAAAGUUUUCUCUUCAUUUUUCAUUGAAAUGUGACUUUGUUUUCAUCCUCAUAUGAUUGCACCAGAAAAAGGUGCAUUUUACUUAUGUCAAACUGCAAACACUGGUAGCUUUCAGAGCGUCUUUGUGCCGAGUUGUUUUUCACAAAAUGGUUUUAGUAGUUUCAAUCAGUAUCUUUUUUGUGACAAUUAUAUUAUUUGUUUUUACAAGGUGUCUAUUUUAUUUUCAGGUAGCAACUCAGGUAGCUGUGCUGAUUUCUAAAAUAGCACGGAUGGAACUCAGAGAAUGGCCAGAACUUUUACCAACCCUGUUAAAGGUUUGUUUAUAUAUGUAUGCAUGUAGACAGAGUAAACCAGAUACAUUACUUAUAGUUAAAGCUUUUACAGUCCUCUAUUUUCUUAUAUAAACUUGUAUUUCUUCAAAUUGUGCAAAAUAAUGAUAGUGUCAAAGAAGAGUACAAGGAGUGUGGUCAGGAUGCUUAAAUAAGUCUGCAUCAAGAAAAUAACAAGGCUGUGUUGAUUGUAUAAUGUCAAGUCUGUUAUCUUUGUAAAACUGUUUAAUUUUGUAACUGUGAUCUUCCACAGGAGGUUCAGAGUGAAGAUGCAUUGCAUCAACAGCGCAGAUUGUUGGUGUUUAAUCAUGUGAUUAAAAUGUUGGCAUCCAAGAGGUUAAUGACUGAUCAGCGACUGUUUAGACAGGUGCUGUUACCUAGAUUAAUUGUGUAGAGCAAGGUGCACUGUUGCAAAAAAUUUAUUAAGCCUUUACUGUUGCCUUUUGAAAUAAAGAAAAGAAAAUUACCCUCUGUUAUCAUCCAGUGAGAUGCAAAUAGUAAUUUUCUGCAAUCCCAAACCUGACAAUAUUUUAUUUGCCUAUUCAAACUUAUAUUAUAUAAGUAAUGCACUUUGUCCAUUUCUGAAUGGAGCAGGUCAAACUGCCAAGGGAACUUACCAUAAUGGAAAAGAACUGGAUGGCUAGACUACUAUUAAAAUACUUGUACAAAGGGGAAAAGAAAAGAAAUGGAAGAAACUCUUUUGAAUUUAAUCCAUUUAUUUUGUAGUUAUUUUGCAGCUUUACGGAUUUAACAUGGGUUAACUUGGGACUUUUUUUGUCUUUACGUGGUACAAUCAAAUUAAAAAAACUCAAUUCAAAUUAAUCAACUGAAAAAAAUUUUUUUUCUAGAUUACAGCUGAUAUUUUUGGCUUUAUUCUGCAAUUAUGGCAAAAUAGUACAUCUACCCUUGUGGAAUUGUAUCAGAUGAAGGUAAUCAAUGACUAUAUUGUUUAAUAGUAAUAAUAUAAACAGUGUAUGAUCAAACUAACAGAUCAAAUUAACGGUAUAUAUUCAGUAGUGACUAGAAUGGGUACCACAAACUCAUGUCACUGUACCCCUCAUGAUUUUUACACAUUUAGCAAUAAUUCUGCUAGAGAAAAAAAGUGAAAUUAAAGCUAGCUAGCUAGAGAAGAGAAUGGGUACUUUAGCACUUAAUAGCAAUAAUUAGGGCUAACUACAGUUUGAACUUACCGGUAGAUGGUCAGCUUUCAAAUAAUGUAAUGAGCAAUGCCAUGUAAAGUAUGUUGAAAGUAACCAAUGUUAGUGCGUAGUUAGGGCUUGAUGGUGUCAUGUAUUUUAAGUGCCAAUGACAACCUGAAUUAUAUUGGGGGUAUCCAUGAUUCUGACUAGUCACAACUGUGAAUGGCUGGCUGGGUAUAUAAAGGGAAUCUGUUGAUUUUUCCUUAACCUUCAAAUUGCCACAACUUUUGUAACUCAUUUUAACUAAUGCCACAGUCCAUAUUUUUCUAAAAUGAUUUUCAAUAAUAAUAACAGUAUGCUUCUUAUUUGAGGUCUUAGGUUUGAGACAACAUUAAGGGACAACAUAUUGCCAUGAAGCUAUAAUGCUUAUUUGAACCAUAGACAUACUCAUGUAGUAUGUUGAGGAUGUUACCUUAUUCUUUUUUUAAGGACAUGAGAGUCUUGGCUUCCCUGGAGCUCAGCACCUUAACACUUAAGGGUAAAUAAUUUAAUUGCAGACUCUGUACACUUUCACCAGAAAGAGUAAUAAUGUUAUUAAUUUUCCGGUAUUUCAUUCUUAUGAUAACCUGUCUGCAGCUAAAUAUUCGCUAAAUUUGUUCAUGUCCAUUUAUUAUCAGAUUAAGAAAGUUCCUAUUUCCAACCUUUAGGGAUAUGGUCAUUAAAUGAAAUGAACUUUUUAACUACGGUACUCCAGGUCUUUUUUGAUCUAAAUUUGGUUUGAUUAUAACAGUACUUACUUGCAAGUACAAAGAAAACACUGUGUAAUUUUUUGCGAAAUAAAUCAAGAAUUAAUGAGCUCUUUCACAAAUACUCGUGUAAGCCAAGGUUCGCAAUUAAUAAUAUUUUUGUCCUUUGACCUAAUAUGGAUAGAGAAGUGUGGCAAAAUUUCUCAGCUUCUACCCCCAAAAAUUUUCAUAUAAUUAGUUCAACAUCUAUCAUUGAUUUUUUUUAUACCACUGUUGUAGGGUUUCUUCAAACAUUGUUGUAUCGAGCAUUGUUCUGUGGCUAAAACAGAAAUACGGGCUCUUGUUUUCUUCUCAUUCAACCAGAUAAAAAUUUUUGCAUGUUUUUGGUUUUGCAGUUUUAAGGAAGCUGGUAGUUUAUGGAUUCAAGGAGUUUGAUCCUUCAUCUCAACCAGUGGUAUGAUAUUUUCAGACACAAAACAAAGAUUCAAAUACUCAUUAAUAAUUCAUUAAGAAAAAGAAAAGAAAUGUUAUUAAUGUUUAAUGAUUGUCUUUGUGUCUGAUAAAGACACGGCUAAACUUUAUGUCCAAUUUUUUUCGACCGAAAUAACCCUAUAUGAGAGAUUUUGAAGCCAUGCAAAAAACUCACAGUCGUGUAUUAUCAGGUUUAAAAACUUUCAGCUUCGCCUCGAGUUUUUAAACCUGAUAAUACACUCCUGCUCAUUUUUUAAACAGUACUUAACAGAAUUUUAUCGGUAAUUUCAAUUUCAUUUUUGUCCACAGUUUCUCCUUCAAGCAAUCCUUGAUAAAAUAAAGAUCAUUUUACAGUAUCGUAAGUGGUUUCAUCAGUUGUUGAGUUCAAAUAAGAGAAAAAUGAAGCCUUUUUAUAUCAUUUCUCAUGCUUUCUUCAACAAUGGAUUUCUUGUAACUUUCAUGUGGUUAUCAACUUAUGUAGUUUGAACUGAAUUUUUUUCUCUCAACAGGAAAAGAGGAAUCAGGAAAUCAUAGUCUACAAGAAAAAUUAGAGAAAUAUUUGAUAUUGAUGACAAAAGUGGUAAGUAGCAUUGGUGGUAUAAUAAAAUUUUGGAAAUUUAGGAACAAGCAAACAACAAAAAACUGUGUGACCUAGCCACCAGAGUGCUGGACUCACAAUCUUAACUCUAUAAACCAAUAACUUUAAAUUUUGGGUAGUCCUGAGUUUAAAUGUUCGACCACGCUUGAAUUAGCCAAAUGCUUUGCCUACACCUGCAGUUGCGAUUCUUAAUCUUUUUCUGUUUCUUUCUGUUAUUAAUACUGCCAGGGGUAAUUAAAGGUAAUUUAGUUAAUCGCAAUGUGUUUUUCCAUGCUCGUUUUUCGCUUCUAUGGGCAUCAGAAGGGGGGGUCAUGAGGGUCAGUCAGUCGAAUCUGUAAAACCACACCUAUCCAUCCCUUAAUCCGACAUUUUUCCCUAAGUUAGAAGUCAGUGUUUACAUUAGGGAAGGAGUAAGUGGGCAGUUUGCCAAAAUCUUAUACAAGUACUUAAUUAUCCAGUCGAGGAAGUCAGUCAUAAAUUUAACCCAUGCUUCUUCCAGUCUUUCUUUUGUUAGAACAAAAUUGAAUCAUGAGGCAAGUUAAUUUACUUGUGAAAUUAUAGGGCUGGGUUUUUUUCAGUUGUUCAUUUACAUUUACAUCAAAGUGUAUGUCUGAGAACAAAUCAAAAGUCGCAUAAAAAAUCUUUAAACCCACCCUCAGGCAACUCUAAUAAUAUUAUGUUUCAGUUAAUUGAUACUCAAGAGCACCAUUCACUGUCUUAUUUACCGCUGCUUCAACACACUCUACAGCUGUGCUACACAUAUUUAUUCACCAGUCAAGGACAAGGUAGAGUGUACAUUUUAUGGUUUAUUCCUGCCACUUGGAGCCAAAGAUAAACAUAUCAUGCAUGAUUGUAUAAUAUAAAGUCAACUCUCUUUAAUAUGGACACCUUUUGGACCAGCCCUAUAGUACGUGUAUGUGUCCAUCGUAAUAUAGAGUCAACUAAAUGGAGUAGUGAAAGGUAGGGAUCAAUGUCAGGUGUCCAUUUUAGUGAGGUGUCCAUGUCCGUUAAGAGAAAGUUGACUUUACAAGUAAAUUUUCACACAUUAUUAUGCUACUCCUUCGUCAUAUAAUAAGCCUAUAAAUAGUUGAUGAAACAUGCACAAGUCAGUUUUACAAACUUUGUUGUAAUACUGCUUAUUGGUUUAGUUGUACAAUUCAAUCAACCUUUUUUUCGUUGGUUGCCUAUUGAGUACGGAUUACUCAUUACAGUUACUGAUCAUCAACCUAUUAUAAGCAGGGUAAGGUGUGGCAAGAAGUGACAAAUAUGGGAGUAGAAAUAACCUUUCCCUCCUCUUCUAAAACUGUCAUGAGGUUUGUGCAAUGACACAGGUGCAAUGGAGAAUGUAUUUAUUAAUUCAAUUUUUUAAUUUUAAUUUAAUUUUCUAUUUUAGAAGAUAUUUUCCAAAACUUCGCAUUGCAGUGCUGUAAACUUAUGAAAGUGAUUGUCAAGUGUGACAAGUACAAACCCCCAAGAGAAAUCAAAGGUAAGGGCUAUUUCAUACUACGGUCACUAAAAAAAGUUCAGUGAUUGUAGCCUGAUCAAAUGACUCUUCGGUGACAGCACAUCAUAGCAAUCUCAGUAAUCGUUCCUAGUACUAUUGCUGAGGUACACUUCAGUUCUUUUUUAAGGCUAGUUUACUUACGAUUGCUAUGAUCAUUCAGACUGCACCAGACUAUUUUAAUCGGUCAUAUGGAAACAAAGAUGACAGUGACAGACACAAAAAGAAGCAAAAUAUUAAAAAUUUGGUACAUUUCACUUUAUUUUACCUGAAAUGCACCAUUAUUUAUUUUUCAGAUACAACUCGUCCAGAGAUUGUACAAGCACAUCAGGUCUGUUUUGGUCAAACAGUCCAGUCUCUGCAUGGCUCUUCAUUUUCGUAGGAGCAAUUUUCUUUUACUAUAAGAAUCGAUUGCAAUGUUACCAGGAUGGGAUUCCUUAUUUCUGUUGUCUAAAAAUUUAAAUGUCAUACACUGAAACUGUACCUUUAUCUGUUUCCAAGACAUUUUCAUUUUGCUUCCCAUUGUUUUCUGUAGAUCAAGAUGUCCUUCUUUACACCAACAAUUUUAUCAGAGAUUAUUAAACAACUUGUUCUUCGCUAUUUCCCUUUAACAUCAGAGGUAAGUAUGGAAUUUCUGUCUAUUUACAGAAGCUUAUUCAAACUUUAUGAAUUCAUGCAAAAUUCUUUGAAAUGUACAGAUGUAAGUGUACUUGUAUGUGUACUUGCUCACUAUGCUUCAUGCAGGCUUCCUGUGUUGGACUCCCCCAUCCCCUCCCUUGCAGUGUCUCUCACGCCCCUCCCCGAAAGUCUGCACGGAUAUAUGGAUGGGAUACGGUGAUGUCAUAACCAAAUUUUUCACAUCCAUAGGUUUCCAGUUUCUGUGUUAAUGGAGGCUACGCUAUAAGGCAUAACUGAGCUUUAAAUGUCAUACAGGUCUAUUGUAAACCCUGUAGCAUCUGGGGUAAUAUACUGUAAAGAUGGUAUUAAAUGGUAUAAAGAAGAAAAUGAUACAAUGUAGUUACUCUAUUUUAUUUAUCCCUCAACACCCUAGGAUUUAGAGAGUUGGGAAUCAGAGCCUGAGAAUUUUGGUAAGUUUAUGCUUCAUCACCAAUAUCAUUAUCGCCAGGCUGGGGGACAAACGAUCACAAGCUUCCAAAAACUAUUGCAAUCUUUAGCAAGCAAAACAAGUUGGUACCAGAAAACUUGUGUUUUUCUGGCACCAAUCAGAAGCCAGAACGGCGGCGACCGUUUGGAACUGGUCUGGUAAGAUAUUGUCCCCAGGAACUCUUCUCGCCGUUCUUUACUUUUCUUCGUUCCAUAUAUAUUUUUCCGCCCGUUUAGACUUUCUCUCGCCCCCUUUAUCUGCCCCUGGGUCUCCGAGGAUGGAUGUGCCUAUUUAUUAACCACUUUUUUGUCUUUUCAUAGUCAACGAGGAAGUUGGUGAAUCGUGGAGGUAUAAUCUGAGGGUAUGCAAUUUCUUUUUUACCUCACUCACUUGUUAUAGGUAUCUAAACUCUUUUUAUUUAUAGUCUUUAUAUAGCGAGUCAUCAAAUGCGGACACUUAAUUCUGAUAGCACAGUGUUCAGAAACUUAGCAGUCAUAACUAUUGUGCUCUUGACUAAAACUGCCCAGACUGAAAGUGUACAAUUGCUCUUGAUUUAGUCGCUGAUGUAAAAAUUUACCCUUUUGUUUGGGCCUGUAUGGAGCUUUUAUUUCUAAGGUUAUUUAGUGAGUUCCGCAGCACAGUAACCCCAGUUGUCACUGAAAUGAUUACUAAGAAUGUGCGCUUUUGUUUAGUACUGUACAGAGGUCUUAUUUCUAAGUCUAUUGAGUGAGUUCCGCAGCACAGUAACCCCAGUUGUCACUGAAAUGAUUACGUUAGUUCAAGGUAAGCCUAUGAUGGAUAUUAAUUCUAAUACUUAUAUAACGAUUGUGGUCCUGAAGCGUUCACAUUUUGGAAUAGAAUUUGUGUAGUUCAAUGUUGUCACAUUUCGGCUGAUCUUGCGUUGUACUUUUGUUAGCUCUGUCGAAGACAAAAUAACAGUGAGGUGUUUUUCUUGACUUUCAAUUUUUUAGGAUCGCCUCCGUCGGAGGAUAUGACAGUUUUAUUGCAAAAAGAUGCUGGUAGGUUUCUGUUUCUUAGCUUUUUAUGAAUUACUAUAAUAAAGAAUUAGCGGAAAAAGAAUGUAGUAUUAGGCAAAAAGGCGGACGGAAAAAAAAACAGACUAUUGACCCACUUACGCAGAAAAAUCCGGAAGUUCCUGUUUUUAUAUACUCGCUGUUGUUUCUUCAUCACGUUUGUGUGUUGAAAAGUGACCUUUGUAAACUACUUCUAAAGACCAAAGAAAUCUUUUAAAUCAAGCUAACUGAUAGCAACUCUGUCAAACGGACUAGAGAUACAUAAGUACUGAGAAACCAAGCAAAUUUGGCUGGCAAAUUGUAAGGAAAAUUUUUUCUCCCUGCCCAAGGGAAGAGUCUGCAUUGUCGUUUUUGUCCAUGACAAGGAUUUUACAAAUAUCUAAUUCUUUUUUAUAUCCUUAGUUUACAAUGCUUGCGGACUUGCCUCAUAUGACCUCUUUGAUGAAGUAGACUUCGAUCAUUGGUUUACAAACCAGUUAAUUAGGGAAUUAAACAACACAUCUUCUAGGUAAUUAACUUUGUUCUUUUUUAGUAGUUUUCACUCACCUUGAGUUAAACAAAACUGGUUGUACAAGCACUAAUAAAAUUUAUGGCCCUGCCGUAACUCGAACUGAAUUAUUUUGAGAACUUUAAAAUUUUGUUAAAAACCUAAUGACUUCUGAAAGAAACAAAGUGAAUAAGGGUGAAGAAUUUUUAACCAUGUGUGUACUUUUAAUUUCGUAUAUUCUCUAGUUUAGCGAAUAUUUUAAGGAUUGGGACGCAAAGAAAGGAGGACUCAGAUAAUUAGGGGGUAAAAUUGCCAUGCUCUUAAAACAUAUGCUUUAAAAAUCGAAUAAAGCGUUUCUUAUCUCUUUUUUUAAUGGACUGAGGACCCUGACAUGUUUUCUGCUUUCAACGUACAGACGUAUGCAAAGAGUUUAUUAUUGUUAUCAUAACUGAGUAGCAGCUCACCUCUUGCUAACGUUACUUUCGCGUUUUAAAAACGUCUUUCGGUAAAAAUGAAAUAGGAAGCAUGCUGCCAUUAUUGGAUGAUAUUAGUCGACUAGAAUUAUGUCACAAUUAGAACAACCCUUCGUAAAUGCAGGACAUGUUUUUUAAAUUUAAAUAGCGGGCGAAAGAAUUGCCUUGCGUGCAGACGACUCCUCAGUGUUCUCCGCUUUGAACAAAAAAGGAAAUAGAAGACGUCUGCAGGUAGGCUACCAAGCCAAGGCAGCCUUUUAUAAUUUUGAUGUUUGUUUGUUUGUUUGUUUACCAGGUAUAAGGUGCUUCGAAGGCGGAUAAUAUGGAUGACAGGACAGUGGAUUAAUGUCAAGUUUGCACGACAAACAAGGCCUUUAUUUUAUCAAGUGGUUCUUAAACUGAUGAGCGCCCAAGAGGAUUUAGUGGUAAGUUUUCACAUGUCAUUUUAAGUGUAACGAUCUUAGGCGGUACUGAUCUUUUGCCAAGUUGGCCCAAUAAAUGAUUCAGUUAAUCAGUUGCUUUAUGACUGUAAGGUCUUUUAGCCUGCGAGAGCAGUGGCCUUUUUCGGCUCUUGUUUCACCCGAAAGGCAGCUAUUCUCGCAGGCUGAAGGUCUUUUAUGAUCCCAAUAAUUUUAGUCUUUCGCAAUCUUUAGCCCUCACUGACUCAUUGAAGUCUUUUCAUCAUUGUCUUUUUUACAGGUUCGUUUAACUGCGGCAAAUGCUCUUAAAACUGAUAUCCUUUCUAAACUGAUUACAAUGACAUCUUUACUCUUUUUUGCCUUAUAAAUACUUCAACUUAUUUGUAAUAGUGUUGUUUCAACCUUUUUGUCCGUCGUUUCCUUUACGUUAAUUAACCAUAGAUGACGUGGACUUCAAUCUUGAAGAUUUUUUUCAGGUAUGUUGCGUUUAGGUUAUGCUGUUUCAAAAGUACUCUUUGUGAAAAACGUUUUUGAAGAGCUGUCUUUUCAAGUUUCAAAAUGCACCGUUGACUGCCUCAAGUUAGAGUUUACAGAAAUUCUUUGAAGUGAUUUCUUAGUAGCUACCAGUCUUGUUUGGAAAAAGAGGCCUUAAGAUUUUAACAAGUGUAUUGAAAACCCGUUGAAAACGGGCCUACAAAUUACAAGGUUCUUACGUUUUACGGCUUUUUAAUUUGUUUUCUUCUCUUUUCUAACAUAUUAUGUAUUUUCAUCUUCCUAGUUUUUGGAUGAAACUUUUGGAUCUCUGUUUCAUCUUCUCAAGUGCAGCCAAGAUUGUGACACAAAGGUAACGUAAUACGAUGACCGCGGCAUAAAUAUUUUUGUGACGUAUUCUCGUCAGGCUUGUUGAAUAGCAUGCAAAAUUUCACCACUUACGCGUACAAAUCUUCCCAAACAUAGCACAUCUGUCAAGUACUGUUACAAACAAUUUUAUUCUAUUAUGAUUAAGAGAUGUUGUUGUUGUUGUUUUGUCUUUGGUUUUGUUUUGUUGUUCAGGCUCUUUCAUCCUUUUUUUCCAAUGCUUUCUUUUUCAGAUGCAUGUACUUAAUGUGUUGUCUCUGCUAAUUCAAAGAAUAGGCGGCAAAGUGAGUAUUACGCCUUUGUUAUUUCUUUAUCUUCCUCUUGACCUGGAAAACAAUCUAUAUUUUAAACAACUCGUGAUCUCCAAUACUUGAACGUAUCGAUUCACUGUACGUCUUGUCAUGAGUAAUAAAUUAGAACGAUGUUAUUUUAUUGUUUUCAUCAAGGUCAAGCCAUUUGCCGCCUCACUGUCACAGUACCUCCCUGAGCUAUGGCAGGAGUCUGGUGACCAUAAUAUGCUGCGAUGUGCAAUCGUUUCUACCAUGACGCACCUUGUGGAGGUUAACAAACUCUUUUAAUUUUUAAAAGGACUAAACUGUUCGCUGUGAAAACCGGAACUACCCCCGGGAUCACUUUAUAGAUAUAUCUUUUGAGAAAGAGCUGAGUGCAUUUGCAGUGUAGCUUUGGUCCUGGGUCAAACCCCUUUCCAUGGUUGCCCUACUAAACCGUACUUAACUAUACCCCAUGAAAACCGGAAACCCUGGGAAUUACUAGAGAUGUCCUUUGAGAAAGAGCACUGCACUUGCCGUAAAAACUUGGUCCUGGGUCACCCCUUCCCCUAAUUGCCCCAGGAAACAUGUUGGGUCUGUGGUUUCAAAUUAUUUUGGAUACUUUGUUAUUUAAGUGGGAUACAAGUUAACUUCACCGUUCUAAUUCUUUCUAUCUGUACGUUUAUACAAAUUAAUUUCGAUUGAGUUCCAUGUGGUAAUUUUGCUUCUUUCUUUCAGGGUCUGGGUGUUUUAAGUCGUAACAUGUACUCGUUCCUUCUGCCUCUUAUUCAUCUCAGCACAGAUAUCACGCAGGUAUAUCUUGUUGCUUGGGUGUACUUAUUCUGAUUACUUUUUCCGAAACUUUGUUGGUCAGAAAACGUAAAACUUACUUUAGUUUUUGAAGAAUAGUGUUGUUGUGUCAGAGAACAACAGAGACAAAAGGUGUUUCAAUGGAACAAGUCUUUAAACUGUCUCUUGUCUUGGCCAAUGAGUCUUUAAAGCUCUCUAUGCAGACAGACGCUCCUCAGGUAUAGACAGUUCUCGUGGUGCUUAAGGCACUUAAAUUUCGAUUUGAACGCAGACGAGGAUAUGGCUCCGUAAAGUCGCGGAAUUUUAGAGACGUUUGUAAAGUGGGGCACGAAAACUUGCCCCAGUCGUGUUGACGGAUUUUAGGUAACUGGUCCCAGUCAAGAGUUGACAUUACCGUGAAAGGGUCUAUAGACCUUGGCUCCUAGUAAACUACUGCCUGGAGCUACUAAUUAAAGAUUUCAAAUCCCUAAUGGUUUUUAUGUCAUACAAGAACCAGAUCGGUACAGUUUUCCCACCUCAAUCGAGAAUACUAGAAGGUCUUACUGAAAAGAUAGCACCUUGUAACCUAAGCCGAUUAUCAUAAGUCCCGUAGAGCUGGUAAAGCUGUGAGUCAGGUACCCAAUCAUUUGAGCUAACCAGGCAGAGGAUGCAGAUACUUGUAGAUAUUCAUAGUAAUACGGAUAUCAAGGGGAAGGACUCAUAAUUCGCAUAAAAGAGGGAGAUGUACCCUUUGUAAAGGUCUGAGUAUUUUUCAUCAGGGUAGAUAUUAAGAAAACUCGCCUUAAUAGAGCGGUGUCUAUAAUUAAAGGGUUUGCCUUCGUUAAUACGUUUACGUUUCUAUCAUUUUUUUUCUUUCUUCUUUCUAUUUAUUAAUUUUUAUUCAGCCUCCCCAUGUUUAUUUGAUGGAGGAUGGACUGGACCUUUGGUAAGAACUCUUAGAACUAAAGCUCAACAUUCAAACGUCUUUUUAAAAACUGUACCUUAAUCAUUGUCACUUCAAGACAGAAACAUCGAGUACUUGACAUAUUUUUUGAUUCCCAGCUUUCCUAUUGCAAUACUCUAGCUUUCUUCUUAAUUUUCCUACUUAAUGUUUAUGUUACAGGUAAAAAAAUCAGGUUAAAAAUCAGGUUAAGUUUUUUUACCUUGUUGAUUCUCAAGCUUCUUUGUCUCCUAGCCUUAAUUAUUCAUGGUUAGGGCUAGGAGACAAAAGAAAUUGAAAGUCAACCUAGGUUAAAAAAUUUUAACCUGAAUUUAAUUUUGACCUGUAACAUAUACGUAAAUGUAAAUACAACUAACAACAUUUCUGGGCGUUUUAAGGCACAAUGUGUUGGUGAAUGCGUCCUGUAUGACUCCUGAAUUACUGCAAUUGUUUGUCAACAUGCCGUCGUUGUUGGGUAUGUAAAAAAAUUCUGUAACCCACUGUGACCUGUUUUGUUCAUUUGUAAGACAGAUACAGUUAUCUACCGUAUAAAUUUCUAUAAAGUUGAAAGAAGAGUUGAUUUUGCUAACAUUGUUUAUCCUCUAGAAAGUGCAGUCCAUAUUUGAACAACUGAACCUUGUUAGUACAAGUGCAAACGACCAUUAACACUCCAUACCCAUUCUUUAUUUGCAGAGUUAGGCUCAGAGAAUCUUAGGAAGUGCUUUUCGAUCAUAGAAUCAUAUGUCCUGUUAGAUGAGAAGGAGUUUCUUCAGGUGUGUUAGCUGUAGACUUUUCUUAGAUGCCUAUAACUCUCUCAAAUUUCAUGUACUUACGUUUCUCUUAUCUUCUUCCCACCGCCUUACUGAUAACGCCCAUCGUGACUGAUGUAACAAUAGCACUCUUCAAAUAACUUUUUUCGAGUUCCACAAACCCUCACUGUCGAAACGAAGCUAAGUGUAAAUCCUUUCAUGUGAAACGAGUUGUACUUGAAAGAGAAAAAACUGUUUUCAUAGCGAAGAGUUUGUCAUUUCUGGGUUGAAUUAGUUGAUGUUGGUAGGUAAACAAUUUCUUGAUGUGCUGCUACCCAUUUAUUAUUUAUUAUUAUCAAUUUAUUUAUUUAUUAACUAUUACAGGGCGUUUUGAAUUUCAAGACAGUGGCGGUUUCAAAACGCUCCUUCUUUUUUUUUUUUGACCAGCAGAUACGAAGAUUUGAAAGAAAAAGUGAUGCGACAAGUGCUUUUCCAAAGCACAAAAACUUUGUUUGAAACUCCUACCUGAACUUAAUGUCGUUCUUGUAGUCUAAAAGCCCCUGAUGUGUGUAAGCUAAGAACUGACAUUCUAUGUGUGUAUUUUUAUGUGUUACAGAAUUUCAGCGCACUUGUGGUUAACGCUUGUUUAACAAUGCUUGGGAACGUUAAGCCAGAAGGUGGCAUCAUCCUUUCUCGGGUAGGAGAGAAGUCUUUUUCUUAAUUAUCGGAAUGAGAAGUUAUCUUAUACAGGUUUUUCCAAAUACAAGAGCUUGGGGAUCGUAUCCCCUAAUAUGGCCAGUAAAAUGGAUCAAGCAGACGUUAAGAUCCCCAUCAUAUUGUUCCAACAUUGAAUUGGAGAUUUAUAUACGCAGAUCGUAGCCUGUUGCCUCAAUUAUCUAGCCUUCGCUUAACAUAACUGAAUCCCUUGUCCGUUUAUAAUAUCACCUCGUCUAUUCUCGCUUCCAGGUCGUUGUUGUGUAUACAAACUUUAAUGUUUCAGUCGAUAGCCUAGUGCUAAAGUAAACCUACAAUUUGGACCAUGUUAUGCUCUGUAAAUUGGCUUUUUUUUCGUUAUUGCAGGUUGUAGAAACAAUAGUAAAAGUCUCUCCUCAGAGAGGUACUGAGCUGUUUGCACCGGUCGUGCUGAAAAUAUGUCACAUGAUUCUAGAAGUAGAGGUAAUUUUACUGUCUGGAUCUUACUGCUAGACUCUUUUUAAGUGUAACGUGUGUCUGUUGAUACGAUGUUUAGUUAGUUUGUUUUUUUCCAGUUCUUUUAUGAAAGAUUCGAUACCUCUAUCAAAGUAUACACAGAUGGUGUUAAAUGUUAAGUACUGUGUAUAUAGUUUGUCUAUCCUGAUCAGAAGAGACUACGAAAGAAGAAUCAAAAAUAGAUUUAUUCCAUAAUCUUUGUCACUAAAGACUAUUGUCUAUAACAAACCAUUAAAUUACAAUCUCGUGGUCUGAGAUAAACUUGGAAAGUUUGUCCAGUCCCAAAUUUUUGAUGUUGUCUCGGUAUUCCAUCUUGGUGCAGGACAUCGUGUAGGUACUGUAUUUACUUACAGAUCUGUUUGUACGUAGGAAUACACUCCUCUUCUGGUCAUCUACCUGUCCAUUAUUGGAGAAAUAAUCUUGCACAAUUAUCCCGCUUUUGUUCACAUUGUUGAGAAUGUGGCACAGCAGCUGGGCAAACAGGUAGUAGUAAUAAUAAUAAUAAUGACUAUUACAGUAUUUCCACUGAAAGGUGUGGCUCUUCAUCCAUAAAAAUUUAGAUUAAUAUAAGAUAAUUGGUGCGAAUAAUAAUAUCUGCACAACCUUAAGUAACAAAAUACAGGAAACGAGCAACUAAUUUAUUGUCUUAGUCUGUAUAAUGGAGAAGAGUUUCAGUGGCAAGCUGGUGUUAAGUCCCCGUCGUAUUUGUAAUUGACUAUUAUACACAUUCUUUAUGAAAAUUUAUAAAGGGCCACACCUGCUUCACUCUUGCCAGACACAGAAGAUUAUAUGAGCAACAGUUUAUUUAGUACUUUGGAUAGUUAUAGUCUAGCCGUCAUAUAACCUGCGCCGCAGCCCAAACUAAACUCUGGUCAUAAGUCCGUCUGCGAAACAUCCUUGUUCUGGGUUCCCACCUGUGUACCCGGAUUUGAGUACGCGCCAUCAUUGGCCUGUUAAAAAUGCCAUUGCCAAUUGGUCAAUCAAGAUGAAAGGAAAUUCGACACGCACUUCCGGUAAUUCGUUGAGUCCGUUGCAUUGGGGGCCCGGAACAUGGAUAUCGGCGCUGCCUCGCAGACGUUACUAACCGAGGUUAAAUUACGUCUGCAACGCAGGCUAGGCGUCAUAGCCUAGUCUCCCACCCCGGCGAGGUGCUAGCUUGCAAGACGUGUCAAGAUAUGAAUUAAUUUACCGAUCACCCAGGCAUGGCUCACUAUUAAUUCACCACUCCAGAAAAUACCAUAGCAUACCAUAGUACUCUUUGUUGGUCGCUCCAAAAAUUUUGCAUAAACAUUGUCUUCAGUUUCUCUUGGGUCCAUUUUAACUCCCGAGAGAAACUAAAGGCAAUGCUUAUGCAAAAGUUUGGGGUGACUGGUCAACAAAGAGUACUAUGGUAUGCUUUGGUAUUUUCUGGAGUGGCCAAUUCCAGAUUAUUUGACCGCUUAAUGUACACGUUACUUCCUAGGUGACUGAUGUUUUAGGGCAGCUCUUGGACGUUUGGUUGGAAAAAGUAAGUACCGAUGUAAUAGGUUUGAAAACUUGGUUUUACCAGGUCCUUUAAAUAUUAGGGGCGUGACAAUGUGGCUGCGUUUUAUUCAAGACUGAAAUAUUGUAUAGUAUUGUUUUCAGCAGGUUUCGCGUCCGGCAUAAGAUUUGGUCCCUGGCGAUUAAAUGAUACUCAAACCUGGGGACAGGGCUAGCAGUAGCUUUUUUAAUACCUUAACUCAUUGCUUUGGAACUUAUUAAUUUGUGUAUCAAAUUCAAAGCCGAUUUGUCCAUACUCAGUUUUAGUAAAGUGACUUGUUGAAAACAUUGUUCGUUGCGAUAACAAGGCUGUAAAGUAUGGGCGUAAACAAUCAACGGCGUUCAGGUCAGCUUGAUCGCUUAAUUGCGACUUGUUUUUUCAGCCUAUGAGGUAGAUUUUCUCCUUUCAUUCUCCUGUGUAGAUGGAUUGCAUGACGCGGCUUGAACGAAGAAAACUAACAGUUCUAGCUCUGAUCACCUUGUUGCCUUUGAAUGUCAAGUACGAUACAACUGUUUUUGCUUAACUUCAUAAAGAUUAGUUGUUAAAUUCAAACCACGAGGAUCAUUGCCCAACGGACUUGCGUUUUUUCAGCAGUAUUCUCCACUCUCAUAUCGUCCCAUCUCAACCUUUGUUUGCCCCUCUAACUUUGCUUAAGCAUUGCUUUCAAUUUCUCUUUCUGAACAGUGAGAAUUACGUAGCUUUCUGUACGUCUUUGAAAAUAUACUAUCAAACCAGUGAAGUGAAAGGAACCUCUAAACCUUCGUGAGUAGUAUUGCAAGGAUACAAGUGGCCUUUUUUUGGAAUCAGUAAAGUUGUUUGUUUCGUCAAGUUUUUUAAUUGGUUCAAUCAUAUAUAUUUACGCGGUUGAUUCAGCAGACGAGUCAAAACAAGUAACUGGUGACAAACUUUAAAUGCCAUCACUAUUUCUUGUAGCUAAAAUUAAAACAAGCAAAGCUGCAAAAAGCCAAAACAACAUUUAGAGGGAAGUCCAAAUAGGUUUUAUACUAAUUUGGAUCUAAAGUUAGUUGUCAUUUAAUAAUUGUUUGUCCUGACCGAGUUAUAAAUCCUCCGCUUUUUUAUGCUCAAAUAGCAAUUGUGUCACGGACAAGUUUGCAUUGAUUGUUGAUGCUGCGGUUGAUGUUCUACACGAGAUCCACAGAGUUGAAGACAAUGGUACACAUACAGAGUAAGAAAUAAUCACUAACAAACUAUUAAAUCUCUGUUAAAUUAUAAUCUUAUGUAUAUUCUCGUUCCCAGUCGUCCUCGGCGAUUUCGGAUGCACGUCACCUGUCAAGCUUGGCGGGAAAACUCGAUAAUAAGAAUGAACGUGACCAGGCUUUAUGAGCCCGCGAGACUGAGCAUCCUACCCACCCAAACCCUUGCUUUCACUAAAACCGCUGGACGCCACAACCUGGUUGAGUUCAUUGUUAUUUAAGGUCUUCCGGAAAAUUCGCCGGGGACGCCGUCGCGCUAUCGCACUCGGUUCCAAGCCUCCUCUGCUCACUCGAAUAGCGCAAACUGGCCAAGAGACGAGGCUGUAUAUUCUCCCCAUAAGCAAGUUUACCUUAUCAUAAAAUUUUACUGGUGCCAAUUGUAAUUUUUCCUCACUUGUUAUAUCUGAAUAGUGUGGAGGUUCGAGGGUGGAGCUCUUAACGGUCUUGGUUUGAGCACCGGUAUUCAGACCCACAGCCUUGGAUUUCAUUAUAACUUGUUGGGUAUUUUGGUAAUGAAGAGGAUAACCAAUCGUUAUCAUGAAGUGUCUGGGUUAUAACUAUCGCUGAACUUCAAAGACGUUUGAAAAUUGUAUUCCCGAUUUUAUUCUUAGCAGCUCAGCCUUGUUGAUUUUGCUUUUGUUUGCAUACCGUAAUCAACUAUUCCCACUUUUCUGCUUUUUGAAACACUCCAUACAGCCGUAUAAGCAAACACCAUUUGGCAACUUAUAUACUUGAUCACACCCUCUUCUAACAGGACACUUUAUUAUUAUAGUCUUAAUUGAAGGAUAUCUGAUUUUGUACAUAAUUACCCUUGAUGUGGAGUGUGGUUCUGUUUCACUUAACAGUUGUUUAUUGCUCCUUGGCGGUAGCAGUGAUGAUGAAGAACACACUGGCCAGGAAACUGAAGAGCAUAAAAGGAAACGACAGGUAACAUGCAACUUAAUUAGUGAACUAGCGCGAACGGCUGCUACUGAAUAAGGUCAACGUUUGUUGGUCGAUAAGCAACAUAACGAAGCUACAGUAUCCGUAGUUAUUUGCGCGGCAGGUCUUCCAUACUACAGGGCUGUAAACGUUAGCCCCGGCUACUUUGGUAGAAAAACGUUACGAGAAGAUGAGUGAGUGAAUGAUUGCAACGAUAGAUGCCACGAGAAGUACGAUGAUAUCCCUUAGUGGUAAUAGGCUGAUUUAGCAACAGGACGAGAACGUCAUUUGACGACGGGAAAGCGCGUGGAAAGGACUAAACUUGACUUCUGGCGCCCAAUUUGCCUCUCUGCCAUUGGUCAAACCAGUUGUUUGAUUUGCGCGUGCCGUCAUCAACUGACGUUCCCGUUCUGUUGCUACGGGAACCAGGAUACGGAAGAGACCAAAUAAACUGAUUUUUUUGUUGGUUUUUUGUUUUUAUUUUUCAGCUGUGUUUGUCAGACCCUAUCCACUGCUGUCCAUUGUGGAAAUUUGUCCGAGACAAGUUAAACGAGUGCCACUCGAUUUACGGACAUGAAACUUUUCAACAUCUUAUGGAAUACUUGGACUCAGCUGUGGCCGCUCAGCUUGGUUCAUUCAUCAACCGCUAA